UGGGCAGGAAGGAGAGUUGCACCGCUGAGCGCACCUCCACGGCUGAGCCGCUCGAAGUUCCGCAGACUCCUGCAUUUGAAUCGGUAUCACACUCGUCCCCAGAAGCGCGAGAAGCCACAGCCAUGUCCGCUGCAAGGGAAGUGGCCAUAGGCAUCGACCUGGGCACCACAUACUCAUGCGUCGGCAUGUUCCAGCAAGGCCGGGUGGAGAUCCUCACCAACGACCAGGGUAACCGCACCACCCCCAGCUACGUGGCCUUCACCGACACCGAGCAUCGGGUGGGUGAUGCGUCCAAGAGCCAGGCGAAUCUGAACCCACACAACACAGUAUUCCAUGGCAAGUGACUGAUCGGGCGCAAGUUCGCAGACCCCACUGUGCAGCCAGACAUGAAGCACUGGCCCUUCCAGGUGGUGAGCGAGGGCGGCAAGCCCAAGGUGCGCGUGUCCUACCACGGGGAGGACAAGGCGUUCUACCCCGAGGAGACCUCGUCCAUGGUGGUGAGCAAGAUGGAGACAGCGGAGGCGUACCUGGGCCAGCCCCUGAGGCAUCCCGUAAUCACGGUGCCCUCCCACUUCAACGACUCGCAGCGUCAGGCCACCAGGACGCCGGGUGCCAUCGCGGGGCUCAACAUGCUGAGGAUCAUCAACCAGCCCACGGCGGCUGCCAUGGCCUAUGGCCUGGACAAGCAGGGCGACAGAGAGCACAACAUGCUAAUUUUCGACUUGGGUGGAGGCACCUUCCACGUGUUGGUCCUCACUAUCGACGCUGGUGUCUUUGAGGUGAAGGCCACAGCUGGAGACACUCAUCUGGGUGGAGAGGACUUCGACAGCCGGCUGGUGAACCACUUCAUGGAGGAGUUCCGGCGGAAGCACGGGAAGGACUUGAGCAGGAACAAGCGGGCCCUGCGCAGGCUCUGCACAGCCUCUGAGCACGCCAAGUGCACCCUGUCCUCCAGCGCCCAGGCCACUCUGGAGAUCGAUUCCCUGUUUGAGGGCGUAGACUUCUACACUUCCAUCACUGGAGCCCGCUUUGAAGAACUGUGGUCGGACCUCUUCUGCAGCACCCUGGAGCUGGUGGAGAAGGCCCUAAGGGGUGCCAAGCUGGACAAAGUCCAGAUCCAUGACACUGUCCUAGUGGGUGGCUCUACCCGCAUCCCCAAGGUACAAAAAUUCCUGCAGGACUUCUUCAGUGGCAAGGAGCUGAACAAGAGCAUCAACCCUGAUGAAGCUGUGGCUUAUGGGGCUGCUGUGCAGGCAGCAGUGUUGAUGGGGGACAAGUGUGAGAAGGUGCAGGAUCUCCUGCUGCUAGAUGUGCCUCCCCUGUCCCUGGGGUUGGAGACAGCUGGUGGGGUGAUGACUAUGCUGAUCCAGAGGAAUGCCACCAUCCCGACCAAGCAGACCCAGACUUUCACUACCUAUUCAAACAACCAGCCUGGGGUCCUGAUCCAGGUGUAUGAGGGUGAGAGGGCCAUGACUAGGGACAAUAACCAGCUGGGAUACUUUGAGCUCAGUGGCAUCCCUCCUGCCCCACGUGGAGUAGCCCAGAUCGAGGUGACUUUUGACAUUGAUGCCGGUGGCAUCCUGAGUGUGACAGCCACUGACAGGAGCACAGGCAAAGCUAACAAGAUCACCAUCACCAAUGACAAGGGCCGGCUGAGCAAGGAGGAAGUGGGGAAGAUGGUUUGUGAGGCUGAACAGUAUAAGGAUGUUCAGGAUGAGGAUGAGGCCCAGAGGGACAGGGUGGCUGCCAAAAACUCUCUGGAGGCCUGUGUCUUCCAUGUGAAGAGCUUUUUGCAAGAGGAGAGACUUAGAGCCAAGAUUCCUGAAGAGGACAGGCACAAAGUACAGUGUCAGGAAGUCCUUGCUUGGCUGGAGCACAACCAGUUGGCAGAGAAAGAGGAAUAUGAGCAUCAGAAGAGGGAGCUGGGGCUUCCCUGGUGGCGCAGUGGUUGAGAGUCCGCCUGCUGAUGCAGGGGACACAGGUUCGUGCCCUGGUCCGGGAAGAUCCCACAUGCCACGGAGCGGCUGGGCCCAUGAGCCAUGGCCACUGAGCCUGAGUGUCUGGAGCCUGUGCUCUGCAACGGGAUAGGCCACAACAGUGAGAGGCCCUCAUACAGCAAAAAAAAAAAAAAAAAAAAAAAAAAAGAAAAAAGAAGAGGGAGCUGGAGCACAUCUGUCGCCCCAUCUUCUCCAGGCUCUACGGGGGGCCUGGUGUCCCCGGUGGUAGCAGUUGUGGAGCUCAAGCCCGACAGGGAGCCCCCAGUACUGGCCCUGUUAUUGAGGAAGUCAAUUAAAUGGCCCCUCCUGGCAAGGCAGCUGUGACUGUAAGGGCUGGGCUUGUGGACUUCCUAGACUGUCUACUAUGAUCUGCCUAUCUUGAGGGGUGGGAGUGGAGGAGAAUCUUGUCCCCAAACAGGGAGUUUUUUUGGUCAGUAUGUUUUAUAACUGAGGCAUUUGCCAGUUGAGUUUUAAAAAAUCUUCUCCUACUUCAAACAAGCAGAAGUAAUCAUUAUGAACAU